CUCUCAAACAAAACAGCGGUUCGUUUUACAACUACAACUUCUUCAAACCAGUUUAAGUCGCUCGCAUUUUAAACAUUUCUGAAGACACGAAGAGAUCUAGUCCCUGCUGUGGGCUGAAUGCUUGGCUGAAGCUGAAAAGGAUCUUCUCUAAAGCAGCGUCUGUGACGAGCCACCAUGGUACGCCUGACCGUAGAUCUGAUUGCUAAAUCUAGGAACCACUUCAAAAAGAAAAGGGGCCUCACCUUCCCGGAGUACCUCAAGACACUCACCCACCUCCACUUCUUCAGCAAGAAUAUUGAAGAUAUUGGGGAUCUCUCCAUGUGCAGAAACCUCACUGUUCUUUAUCUGUAUGAUAAUCAGAUCACACAUAUUUGCAACCUCGGUUUUGCCUCCAACCUCACACAUCUGUAUAUGCAGAACAACAACAUCACACAUAUAGAGAAUCUCUUCAAUCUGCAGAGGCUCUCCAAACUGUAUCUGGGUGGAAACAGGAUCACGGUGGUGGAGGGCUUAGAGAAGCUCUGUGAGCUCAAGGAGCUUCAUCUGGAGAGUCAGAGGCUGGCACCAGGGGAAAAGUUGCUCUUUGACCCCAUGGCUCUCCGCUCACUUGCUGAAUCGCUUUGUGUCCUGAAUAUCAAUAACAACAACAUCGAUGAUAUCAGAGACCUGACCGUGCUGAAGGAACUCCAGCACUUUUCUGCUGCUGACAAUAAAUUGCACAAUAUGGAGGAGUUAGAGGACGUGUUCAGCCACUGGCCUCAGCUGCUUCAAAUGGAUUUGGGUGGAAAUCCUGUGUGUAAAAGUAAAAAGUACAGAGACCACCUGAUAACUGUGUGCAAACGCCUCGAGGUUCUCGACGGCAGGGACAUUAAUGAGUUAACCAGACAGUUCCUUAUUAACUGGAAAGCAUCCAAAGAAGCCAAGAAGAAAGAAAACAACAAACAUUUGAGAAGCGAGCCAUUGAUCUCCUAUCCUUUAACAAAUGACUUUAACGUGGGUCAGGGUCCACAUCCCGGUCACAUCUACAGCCACGCUAACAUGCAGAGGUGGAAGUCACUGCAGCCGUCUCUGAGGGUAAAAACAUUAAAGAUUCCCAUGAGCAGACUGCUCAAUCGUGUGGCUGUCUCAUCACUCCUCUGCAGUGAUGUGGAUGCUUAUGACAAACCUGCCUAAAAUCUCCACCUCCCCCCUCACACAUGCAGGACUAACCCUGCCACUGCCUUUUUUAAAGCACCUUGGUCAUCACAGCAGCAGAUCUUUUAUCUUUGUGUAUUUAGCAGGACAGAAAACAGACACUGUCACCUGCGUACAUUAAUGUCCAUGUUGCUGCAGGAUACCCUUCACCUAGUGGAUUAUAGUGGUUUAUAUUGUGGCUUUUUUCACUGCAUAUUUUCAAAUGAUUUUAUCUGUAAUAAAUAGAUUCAUAUAAAUGAAUGAAUAGACUAAAUCUCCUACUGUUUGAAAUGAAUGAAAAAAUAAAGAGC